AUGUCCGUCAAGAAAGUGCAAGGCCACAUCGACGCUAUCCAGCGCAAGCUGGAGAAGUCCAUCAAGAUCGCCGACAAGGGCCCCAACAUGAAGCUCGGCGACGUGAUCAAGCUCGGCCGCAAGACCAACUCGAUUGUUUCUGAGAUCAAGAAGAGCAUCAGCGAGUACGAUGGCGCCGAUCCUACUCCUGAGGAGGCACAAGUGAUCCUCACAAAGAUGGAGAAGGUCGUCGAGUUGACGGAGAAGGAAUUGGCAACCAUAGUUCAGAACAAGCCUCGCAUUGACGAGUUGCACGUUGGAGGUCUGGUCAAGCGAAACUUGCUCAACAGCCAGGAGGCAGGGGCCAAAUUCUCUGUGACCCUGAAUGAGAAGGCCCCCGAUAACCUGAAGCCUUCGGCUCAGGCUCUCGAGGAGAGACGCAACAAGGCCUUUGACAAGGCAGUUAGUGUCUUCGCCAAUGCCCAGGGAGGAGAGGACCAGGCUGAUGGAGAGGAUGAUUCGGAUUAA